CACCGAGCGUUUCCAUUGGGAACGGCGUUCCGGAGCGCUCCUUUGAUAGGCUGUGGGGGGCUUGGCUGGCCGGCCGCGAAUCCGAGCAGGGCCGCCGGGCAGGUGAGGCGCCCGCCCGCCCGCCCGCCCGUCCCCUCGCAUCCUCCCCGCUGCCUCAUGAGGUGACGGCGCGGGCAGGCAGGCAGGCAGGCAGGCAGGCAGGCAGGGGCGCCCAUGCCGGGGCGGCGAGGCUCGGGAGCCCGGCCUGACCCCGCAGCCGCCCUCCUCCUGCCGCUGCUUCUGGCGGCGCUCGGGCCCCUCUGCGUGGGGCUGAGGGCGGCGGCGGCGGCGGCGGGCGAGGCAAGGCGGGCCGGGCUGGGCGGCGCCGCGGCGGCCGCGCUCCCGCUGGCUGCAGACGUGACGGUGGAGGACGACGAGAGCGGCGGCGGCGGCAGCGCGGCCCAGGAGGAGACGCCCGAAGCGCCCGCCCGCAGGCGCCGCGGCAGAUCUUUGGUGAUUAUAAGUACUUUGGAUGGGCGGAUCGCUGCGCUCGACCCAGAGAACAGAGGUAGAAAACAGUGGGACCUCGAUGUGGGAUCCGGCUCUCUUGUCUCAUCCAGCCUCAGCAAACCAGAGGUAUUUGGGAACAAGAUGAUAAUUCCUUCCUUGGAUGGAGACCUUUUCCAGUGGGAUCGUGACAGAGAAAGCAUGGAAGCUGUUCCUUUCACUGUUGAAUCUCUUCUUGAGUCAUCCUACAGGUUUGGAGAUGACAUUGUUUUGGUUGGAGGAAAAUCCCUGACAACAUAUGGGCUGAGUUCAUGCUCGGGAAAGGUGAAGUACAUAUGCUCAGCGAUGGGCUGUCGCCGCUGGGAGGAUGAUGAGGUAGAACAGGAAGACAUUCUUCUCCUGCAUCGGACACAGAAAACAGUUCGAGCUGUUGGGCCCCGCAGUGGCAAUGAGAAGUGGAAUUUUAGUGUUGGUCAUUUUGAACUGCGCUACAUUCCAGACAUUGAAACACGAGUGGGAUUUAUUGAAGGCAAUUUGAAAUCAAAUCUGAACAAAGAAGAUUCUAAAAUCAUUUCGGAUGUGGAAGAGCAGGAAGCUGUAACAAAGGAUACUGUGAUAAAGGUCUCAGUAGCUGACUGGAAGAUUAUGGCAUUUAGUAAACAAGGAGGACAUCUGGAAUGGGAAUACCAGUUUUGCACUCCUGUUGCUUCUGCUUGGCUGGUUAAAGAUGGCAAGGUAAUUCCAAUUAGUCUCUUUGAUGAUACAAGUUACACCUUGAAUAAUGAUAUCUUAGAAGAUGAAGAUCUUGUGGAAGCUGCCCGAGGAGCUACAGAGUCCAGUGUCUAUUUAGGAAUGUACAGGGGUCAGCUAUAUCUUCAGUCAUCUGUCAGAGUUUCUGAAAAGUUUCCAACCAACUCUAAGGCUUUAGAGUCUAGAAAGGAUAAUGCUGUUAUCCCGUUGCCUAUGAUCAAAUGGAAACCGUUGAUUCAUUCUCCUUCCCGGACUCCUGUGUUGGUGGGAUCUGAUGAAUUUGAUAAGUGUCUCAGCAAUGAUAAGUUUUCUCAUGAAGAGUACAGUAAUGGUGCCCUUUCAGUCCUGCAGUAUCCAUAUGAUAAUGGUUACUAUUUACCCUACUACAAGAGGGAGAGGAACAAACGAAGCACUCAGAUUACUGUCAGAUUUUUUGACAACAUGAACUACAAGAACACCCGAAAAAAAGACCCAGUUCUUCUUCUGCACUGGUGGAAGGAAAUUGUUAGUACCAUCAUAUUGUGCAUUGUAGUCACAACUUGUAUUGUGUACCGACUUUUCCAUCUGCGUGUUCACAAUCGACAGCGAAAGGAGUCUGAAACACAGUGUCAGACUGAUAAUAAAUAUGAGCCUGUUGCUGGACAAACCAAAAAUAACAAGUGGUCUGAUUUCAACAAUUCAGGAUAUGUGUCAAGAUAUUUAACAGAUUUUGAGCCGAUCCAGUGUCUAGGUCAUGGAGGAUUUGGGGUAGUUUUUGAAGCUAGAAACAAAGUAGAUGAUUGCAACUAUGCUAUCAAAAGAAUACAUCUACCAAAUAGAGAAUUGGCUCGUGAAAAAGUAAUGCGUGAAGUCAAAGCAUUAGCAAAACUUGAACACCCUGGUAUUGUUCGGUAUUUCAAUGCAUGGCUAGAAGCACCGCCGGAGGGUUGGCAGGAACAAAUGGAUGAACUUUGGGUUAAAGAUGAAAGUACUGGCUGGCCACUCAGUUCUCCCAGUCCAAUGGAAGCAACAUCAUUUAAAAUCAGAACUGACCUAUUAUCUGCCAAGGAACACAUAGCAGUUAUUACUUCCUCUCCGGAAAAGAAGACUUUGCUUCCUGUUGGGAUGCCUUCAGACCAGUCGGAUUCAUUAGAGAGCCAUUUUCCCCCACUAGAAUUUGCUGCCAUUGAUAAUAAAGACCUGAACCAUUCAAGAGAUCACAAAACAAACAUUCAAGACAGCUUCCUCUCUGACUGUGAUGUAGAAGAUGGUACCAUUGAUGAAAAUCAUCCUGAACACUCUUUUGAACUUUUCCCUCCAGUCACACCAACAAUCAGGGUGAGGGAGAGAACUUCAUCGUCAAUUGUCUUUGAGGAUUCUGGUUGUGAUAAUACUUCCAAUAAAGAAGGUGACAAAACUGAUUAUUCAUUUACUUACAGUUCCUGUGAAGGUAAACUAAUAAGCAGAAAAGCGUCUGAUCAUAGGAAGUUGUCCUCAGAGAGCCUUUCUUCUGUUUCUAUACAAAGACUAACAACCUUCAGCAACCCGAGCAUCUCUAAAAACACUGCACAGAAUGUCAAACCUGCCUCUCCAAAAGUGUACCUUUAUAUCCAAAUGCAACUCUGUAGAAAGGAAAACCUUAAGGACUGGAUGAACAGAAGAUGUACAAUAGAGGAGCGAGACAGGGUAGAGUGCCUAUUGAUCUUUUUGCAGAUAGCAGAAGCUGUACAGUUUCUGCACAUUAAAGGAUUAAUGCACCGAGACCUCAAGCCUUCCAACAUAUUUUUCACAAUGGAUGAUGUGGUAAAAGUUGGGGAUUUUGGUCUAGUAACUGCAACAGAUCAAGAUGAGGAGGAACAAUCUGUUGCAAGACCACUGCCAGCUUAUGCCCGUCAUACAGGGCAAGUUGGGACCAAGCUUUACAUGAGUCCAGAACAGGUGUAUGGAAAAAUUUAUUCACACAAAGUGGAUAUAUUUUCUUUGGGCCUGAUCUUGUUUGAACUUCUUUACCCAUUCACCACCCAAAUGGAGAGAGUAAGGACACUGAGUGAAGUACGGAGCUUGACGUUUCCACCACUGUUCAUUCAGAAAUAUGCACAGGAGCACAUGAUGGUGAAGCACAUGCUCUCCCCAAAGCCCAUGGACAGACCAGAAGCUGCAGAUGUUAUAGACAGUGCUUUAUUUGAAGACCUUGAAUUGUCAGCAAAACCAGUGGUCAGACAACGGUCACGGACAAUAAGUUCUUCUGGAACAAAGUAUUCAAGAUAGCCAAGAAUUGGACACUGAACAGUCUUGUUGCUGAGAAGAAGUAUCCAGAAUCAAACGUCUCUCAAGGUUAUACUCUACCCCUGCUCUAAACCAUCAUUGUCUGAAGCUAAACCACUUUUAAUGUUCACAGUCUUCUGGAAUCAAAUAAUUUACACAUUACACAUUACUAGCCAUUAAGUUGACCUACUUGAUUUGUAAUACACUGUUCUGUGUUUGGAUCAUGUAAAUAUGUUUUAAGAAAUUGGAAAUUGUUAUGUAAUUUUUUUGAGAACAUAGUCUGAGCUUUAUACCUGUUUACUUUAAAUCCAAGUCAACUUAAAGCAAACAAGUUUUUGGAAAUCCUCUUUUUAAAGAGGCAGGAGAUAACUUGCAAAAGUUAGUUUGAGCAGCUAGCUCAGACUGGAGGUUGCUUCUAUGCAGCUGAGUUUACUAAGAAAUUUUGCAUAAAGAUUACCGGGUCUGAUAAUAAAAAUUGAGUGGAUAUGAUUUCUGUUCCUGCUUGUUCAAAACCUUGUAAUUUCUGAAACAUAAGCCUAAUUUGGUAUGAAAUCUUGUAGAUUUAUAGUAAAUUUAGUCCUGUGCAUUUAUUUAAUAAGAUAUGUUGAUCACAGAAUACCUUUUAUCUUUCAAUGUAAAUAUUUUAUUUUUGCAAACAUAAAAUCAAUCCAUUUGGGUUGGUGGUGUACAGCAUGCACUUCGGACAGUUGUCAGGUGCAUUUAAUUACUGUGACUUCUUUCAAGUCUUAAAUGAUUGAAUAAAAUCUUUGUAUAUUUCAA